CUUUGUCAGAUGUGCAGAAAGGCAGGCUGCUAAGACAGGAUGACACUGACGAUUAGAAGACCACUGCUCACACGAUAAGAUGGAAAUGUCGCUGAAGCAGUUGAUUCUGAUGCUACUCACAGUGACAGCAACCGCCAUGAUGAUACCAGGUCAAACUGCUAUAUGUCUGGAUAACCAACAGAAAACAGAGGAAGUUCCAUCUGGGUCCAACCUGAUUUUAAAUUGCUGUUUGAACACUGAGCAUAACGAGAGAUAUCGAAUCACCUGGUAUUUUAACCAUCAUGGGCCUUCAGUAACCAACUCAACCAGGCUAACUACCAAGAUCAAUAACAAAUAUCAAAAUUCUUCCAUGGAUGAAGACAACAGGACACAUACUUUAUCUAAUGUUAAUAGAAACCACAGUGGAUGGUACUUCUGCAAAGUCACAGUAGAGAUUCCCAGUUUAAGAGAAAAUUGCAGCAAUGGAACAGAAGUAAUUGUUUCGGACAGUGAAGUUACAACGUACCCGUCAAAUGUGACGAAUAUUGAAGGGCAAACUUUUCCUCCCGCAGACCCUCCUGCCCUGAGUGACAACUGGUGGAUAUGGGUGGUGUUGGGAGCGUCCUCUUUCAUCCUGUUCAUCCUGACGGUCACAUGUGUCCUGCACUCCAGAAGACAAGAAAGUAGAGAAGAGCCCAUCUAUGCAAACACCCCCAACAAACAGCCUUCACCUCGGCCGUCCAUGAGCGCAGCAGCGGUCAGCCUGAAGGCAGCUUCUUCCUUUCAAGACCUGCGGGCCCCGAGUCCUGCCAGCAGAUACGACGAAGGCAAACGGAGAUAUAAACACUGAACAAGUCACGGACCUCACAAACUAAUGCUAC